CUGCCACCUCCUCCUCCUCCUCCUCCUCCUCGGCCAGCUCAGGUUGCAGCCCCUGUGGGGAGCCGCUCACCUUCCCGGAGCCGGCGGGGACCCCGCGGCAGGCCGGCCGUCCGGGCGGGAGCGGGCGCCCCGCGGCCCCCGGGACGCGCGCGGCGAGCCCGCGGGCGGCGCCGGGCGGGAAGGGGGAGGUCGCCGGAGGGGGCACCGCGGCGCCGCGCGAACGGAGCAAAGGACCCAGCCACCUGCUCCCUGACGAUCAUGAACAAGAUGAAGAACUUCAAGCGCCGUUUCUCCCUGUCAGUGCCCCGCACCGAGACCAUUGAGGAGUCCCUGGCUGAAUUCACAGAGCAGUUCAACCAGCUCCACAACCGGAGGAACGAGGACCUGCAGCUCGGUCCUCUUGGCAGAGACCCCCCGCCGGAGCCCGGCACCUUCUCCCCCACAGACAGCGGGGAGGAGCCCGGGCAGCCGUCCCCUGGCAUGCAGUACCGGCGACGGCAGAACCAGCGUCGCUUCUCCAUGGAGGACAUCAGCAAGAGGCUCUCUCUGCCCAUGGAUAUCCGCCUGCCCCAGGAAUUCUUGCAGAAACUACAGCUGGAGAGCCCAGACUUCCCCAAGCCACUCAGCCGCAUGUCCCGCCGCGCCUCCCUGUCGGAUAUCGGCUUUGGGAAACUGGAGACAUACGUGAAACUGGACAAACUGGGGGAGGGCACCUACGCCACAGUCUUCAAAGGGCGCAGCAAACUGACCGAGAACCUCGUGGCCCUGAAGGAGAUCCGGCUGGAGCAUGAGGAGGGGGCGCCCUGCACUGCCAUCCGAGAGGUGUCUCUCCUGAAGAACCUGAAGCACGCCAAUAUCGUGACCCUGCACGACCUCAUCCAUACCGACCGGUCCCUCACCCUGGUGUUUGAGUACCUGGACAGCGACCUGAAGCAGUACCUGGACCACUGUGGAAACCUCAUGAGCAUGCACAAUGUCAAGAUUUUCAUGUUCCAGCUGCUCCGGGGCCUCGCCUACUGCCACCGCCGCAAGAUCCUGCACCGGGACCUGAAACCCCAGAACCUGCUCAUCAAUGAGCGCGGGGAGCUGAAGCUGGCCGACUUCGGACUGGCCCGGGCCAAGUCAGUGCCCACAAAGACCUACUCUAAUGAGGUGGUGACCCUGUGGUACAGGCCCCCAGACGUGCUGCUGGGAUCCACCGAGUACUCCACCCCCAUUGACAUGUGGGGCGUGGGCUGCAUCCACUACGAGAUGGCCACGGGGAGGCCCCUGUUCCCCGGCUCCACGGUCAAGGAGGAGCUGCACCUCAUCUUCCGCCUCCUCGGGACCCCUACAGAAGAGACGUGGCCCGGCGUGACCGCCCUCUCUGAGUUCCGGGCCUACAACUUCCCCCGGUACCUCCCGCAGCCGCUCAUCAGCCACGCCCCCAGGUUGGAUCCUGAUGGCAUCAGCCUCCUGACCGGCCUCCUCCUGCAGGGGAGUCGUGCUGUCCAGAGGCAUCCCUGGCCCCAGCCAGGGCCCAACAACCCACCUUGUGCCUUUCAGUACGAAUCCAAGAGUCGUAUGUCGGCAGAGGCUGCCCUGAGUCACCCCUACUUCCGGUCUUUGGGAGAGCGUGUGCAUCAGCUUGAAGACACCGCCUCCGUCUUCUCCCUGAAGGAGAUCCAGCUCCAGAAGGACCCAGGCUACCGCAGCUUGGCCUUCCAGCAGCCAGGACGAGGGAAGAGCCGGCGGCAGAGCAUCUUCUGAGCGGGGGCCACCCUGCUGCAGCCUGAGGGACAAGGGGUCACAACAAGCACAAAUUUGGGUAGGAUGGGGCCUGUGUGGCCCUCAGAGGACUGAGGCACCGGAGCUGACUGCUGGCCCGGAAGACUGCUCUGCAGCCCUGCUGGCCACGGCUGUUUCUCCUCUCUGCGCCCCACAUGCCUCCCCGUGGCCUGUACCUGGAGUCCAACCCCUCCGUCACCGGGCUGGGCACAAGCUGCUUCCCUGGGAGAAGGUGAGGGGGCAGGGAGGGACCUUGGACUCUCGUCCACCCUGAAGUGCCCAGGCACCAGCGCGGGACGCACAUGGGCAGGAAAAUCCAGGCACCAGGCGGGACGCCGUGCCCUGAUACAGGCUCCACCAUGCCUCCCUCCAGGGCCUGCCUGCCUCGCUAGUCUGGCAGACCCUCCCCCUUUGGCCCCUUGGAGCCCACACUUCCCCUUUGAGAGCAGGGAGGGAUAUGGCAUUUUCUCUGGGAUCCCAUAAUCCUGUCCCACCUGUGUGACAAAGCCCACCCCCACCUGAGGGGCAGGUGUCCCCAGAGCAAAGGAGGAAUAGCAGCCCCGCCUCCUCUUUCCAUCAGCCCUAGCCUGCUCCCUUCCCCUCCAUGCCAGAGGCCCUGUGCGCCCUCUGGCUUGAGCCAGGCUGAGCGGUGCUGGCGUGCUGCGGACGCCCAGCUGUGUCUCAGCCAGCCCCCACCCGUGUCCCCAGUCUGAAUGGAGUUGCCUUAAAUUGGCAGGUGGUAGAGUGCCCACUGCCCUUGGAGCUCUGACCCAGCUCCUGCCUGUCCACCCCUCCUGAGAGUGGCUCCUGCUUAUCUAAUCAUCCCUGUGGCUGAUUAGCCAGCCCUGGGUCAGGAUCCUAAGGACGGCCCUGGAUAUGAUAUGCAGGUCACCGUGACACUGGUACCAAGCCAACCUCAGCUCCCUGGGGCAGGCACAGCCUCCCCUGUCCCCUCCUUCCCAGCCCUCGGGUCUGUUCACCUGAUCCUGGUACCAGCCUCCCCCUGCCCCCGCCUCCCCAGAGAUUGGUCAGGACAGGGAGGUAGAGGAAGGUGGGACAGCAGGCUUUGUUCCUGAGAGCCCCACUCCUGGGGGCUGGGAGCCUGAGGGGCCAGGCUGCUGAAGAAGGCUCCCCUCUGUGUUCCCAAGGUCUCCUCCACACUUAGUGACCUUGAAUGGCCAAGGCCAAGGGGAGGCCAGGCCCAGCCCACUCCUUGGCCUGGGAAGUAGCCCUGAAGAGCCUGGGGCUCCCCAGCCCUCCCCUCCUCCCCCACCCCAUACUGUGAACGUCCUGUGACUCAGCACAAAGACAGAUAAUAUAUUUAAUUCAUGUUGUACAGAAAGGACCGAGCAGUCUCGUGCAGAAAAGCUGAUUUUGAUAGAUUGAUGCCAAAGAUGGAGACCAGAGGCCCUACUCCAGGCCUAAUGAGCAUGGCUGGGCCUGCUUGUACAUGUGUACAUAUAUACAGUGACGAGA